GGAGUUGGACGGGGAGAGGAACUCCUGUUCUCCUUCGCCCACGUGGAGCAGGGACCCCCAAGGGGAGCCUAGGCCACUUUGGGGCCAGAAAUCACACCCGCUUCACACACCGACCCAAUUCCUCAGACCUAGCGUCAUCCAGGAAGUGUUCUCCCUCUUCCGCCCCGCCCCCAAAGCACUUCCGGCGACGCUCUGGGAAGCUCGGAGGACUCGGCGCCUCGGUAACUCGUGUAGUGAUCUGAAGGGCACUGGGAGCGAACAGACCUUGCAAAGAAGAGCAGGAGGAAGUAUAUGAUGCCAGCACAAGAUUUUGGGCGAAGAUACCUGAAGGCUUUUUUGAAAGGUUUCUUUGUUGCUGUGCCUGUAACAGUCACUUUCUUAGAUCAAGUGGCCUGUGUAGCAAGAGUGGAAGGAGCUUCAAUGCAGCCCUCUCUGAAUCCUGGGGGGAACCAUUCAUCUGAUGUAGUGCUUUUGAACCACUGGAAGGUUAGGAAUUAUGAAGUGCAGCGUGGUGAUAUCGUGUCAUUGGUAUCUCCCAAAAACCCAGAGCAGAAGAUCAUCAAAAGAGUGAUUGCUCUUGAAGGGGACAUUAUCAAAACAAUCGGACAUAAGAAUAGGUACGUGAAAGUCCCGCGUGGCCACAUGUGGGUAGAAGGUGAUCACCAUGGACACAGCUUUGACAGUAAUGCUUUUGGGCCUGUUUCCCUUGGACUUCUGCAUGCACAUGCCACUCAUAUCCUGUGGCCUCCAGAACGCUGGCAGCGUUUGGAAUCCAUUCUCCCUCCAGAGCGUGCACCAGUUCAGAUGGAAGAGAAAUGAUCUCCUUGCAUCAGCAUGGCUUCUUUGACUUAGGAAAACAAUAUUUUUUAAAUGAAAGGCAGGAAGAAAGAAACCUGAAAGGCAGGCCAUGUAUUGGCUGAGGCUGCAAAAAGAGUCUUCAUAUAUCCUAUGGUUUCACAUUGAAGCAAAAGAUUUUCUUUCAGAUGAAACAAUUGUAUGGUACAUGAUAUUUUGUCUGGAGUACUUGUACUACAGUAUAAAUGUCCUGACAGUACAGUACCAAAAAAGAAAUUUAUUUGUUGAUUUUUGUUUUCUUUUUUGGCAGGGCAGUGAGGAUUAAGUGACUUGCCCAGGGUCACACAGCUAGUAAGUGUCAAGUGUCUGAGGUCAGAUUUGAACUCAGGUCCUCCUGAAUCCAGGGCUCAUGUUCUAUCCACUGCGCCACCUAGCUAACCCCCCAAAAAUAAAUUUACAAUGUGACUUUCAAUGGCCUUUCCAUAUGCCAUGGUAGGAUUGAAUUGUUGGUAUACUUGUUUCUUAAUCUGUUGAUUGCUGAAUUUUGAAAAUUUGGGUUUCAGCUGAUGAAAAGUCCUGAACUAAUGUUGUUUGAUGAAAACAUAUUCAUCUAGUAAAUAGUUCGUGCAUGAUUCAGCUCGAAUAUGAAGAAAUAGUGACACAGAUGCAGUGUGAGUUUAAUUGUCAAUAUUCACUGGUUAGAAAAUGAAUAGUGAACUUUGCCAAAUAAUAAUUUGCUUUUUUUAAAAGGAAAAAGGGAGAGGUCGGUCCUAAAAAGACAUGCUGAUAUACAGGGAGCUCUCCAAUCUAGAGUGAUGUUUGGAAGGGGGAAAAAUAUAUUUGGAAAUAAAGAUGAUGUAAAAAGAAGAUAUUUAAAUGAGGUGGUUUUUUUAGUAUACAUAAGAAGGAAUCCAUGGAUAAUGAAGCAUGAAUACAAAAGCUUGGUACAGUUGUGUAAGUAGAUUCAGUAGUAGUGAAACUUAAAAUGGCCUGAAGGUCAGAUCAGAGAUACUGGCUGUGUCUAGGACUUUAUCCCUCACUGCAACUUCUGUGGUGGCAGAGACAAGCCAAAGCUUUCAGGAGCAGGGACAUAGGGCCUGAAAAUAACCUGAGUAGACAUGAUUAUCUGCAACCCAGAAUCAACUGAAGACUAAGUAAACUAAGAUGACCCCUGCUCAUGUUCCUGGUGGUUGUUGUUUGUCCUUCCUUCUCAAAGAAGACCAUGACA